ACAGUUCUCAAAAAAAUAUUGGAAUUAAAAUCAAAUGAACUGAGCAAUAUAUAUAUAGUCAAUGCAUAUAGGAUCAUAUAGUUGAAAUUACCGUGAAACUAGUGGAGACAAUAAUUAAGUAGGUGUUGACCGCCACCACUUACUCGAUAUAUAUUCUAAACUUUCUCCUCCUAUACAUAUAAUUCUAAGUUUCUUCCGACCUCUUUGAUCUAGCUCUUUCGGUUAAUUUGAAUUAACGUAGGAGUAGUUUGAAUAUGUGGAAGAUCAAGUAUGGAAGUGGAGCAGGAGAGGCAUACUUGUUUAGUACCAACAAUUUCUUAGGGAGACAAACAUUUGAGUUUGAUCCAAAGGCAGGGAGUCCUGAAGAACGAGCUCAAAUCGAAGAGGCUCGUCUCAAUUUCUACGCAAAUCGCCACAAGGUGAAGCCUAGUAGCGACCUUAUUUGCCGACUCCAGAUGCUAAGAGAAAGUAAUUUUAAGCAAGAUAUUGGGCAAGUGAAAGUGGAUGAGGAUGUUGAGGACAUCAAAUAUGAAAUAGCUGAUGCAGCCAUGAGGAGGUCCAUUAAGUUUUGGUCAGCUCUUCAGUCACCACAUGGGCAUUGGCCUGCUCAAAAUGCUGGGAUAAUGUUCUACAUCCCUCCACUAGUGUUUUGCACAUACAUUACAGGUCAUAUGGACACAGUAUUCAACGAACAUCAUAAAAGAGAAAUGUUGUGGUACAUGUAUUGUCAUCAAAACAAAGACGGAGGAUGGGGACUGCAUAUUGAAGGUCCAAGCACGAUGAUGUGCACAGUUCUAAACUAUCUUGCCAUGCGCAUUCUUGGAGAAGGACGUGAUGGUGGUCUUGAUAAUGCAUGCUUCCGAGCUCGAAAAUGGAUUCUUAACCAUGGUGGAGCAACUGGAUCUGCUUCUUGGGGAAAGAUUUGGAUGUCUAUACUUGGUGUAUAUAGCUGGGACGGAUGCAAUCCAAUGCCACCAGAGUUUUGGUUCUACCCUUCUAUUUUUCAUCCAUCAAAAAUGUUUUGCUAUUGCCGAAUGACAUACUUGCCAAUGUCGUAUCUUUAUGGGAUAAAGUACGUUGGCCCAAUCACACCUUUGAUUCGAGAACUCAGAGAAGAGAUCUACAAUGAGCCUUACCAACAAAUCAGAUGGAGCAAGAUGAGGCAUCUUUGCGUCCAGGCUGAUAACUACUACCCACAUGGUAGAAUACAACGUCUCUUGUGGGAUAGUGUCUACUACGUUGCUGAGACUCUUAUUAGUACUUGGCCUUUUACGAAGAUAAGAGAACAGUCACUUCAUAAAGCAAUGGAACAUAUCCAUUACGAAGAUGAAAAUAGUCGAUAUAUUACAAUUGGAUGUGUUGAGAAGCCCUUAAUGAUGCUCGCUUGUUGGGCAGAAGAUCCAAAUGGAGAAUAUUUCAAGAAACAUAUUCCUAGAAUUGCAGAUUAUUUAUGGGUUGCGGAAGAUGGAAUCAACAUGCAAAGUUUUGGUAGUCAAGUAUGGGAUUGUAGUCUCUCUGUACAAGCAUUACUUGCUGCAAAUAUUAGUGAAGAGAUUGGGCAAGUACUGAAGAAAGCACAUGAGUUCUUGAAGCAAUCACAAGUCAGGGUUGACCCUCCUGAACAUUCAAAAUAUUUUCGACAUAUUUCGAAAGGAUCAUGGACUUUUUCUGAUCGAGAUCAUGGAUGGCAAGUUUCUGAUUGUACUAGUGAAGCUCUAAAGUGUUGCCUAUUGCUCUCAAUGUUGUCACCUGAUAUUGUGGGAGAGCCAAUGGAAGUAGAGCACUUGUACGACUCUGUCAAUAUUAUUCUUUCACUACAGAGUGAAAAUGGUGGUGUAUCAGCUUGGGAGAAGGCAGGAGCUCCAAAAAUAUUGGAAUGGCUCAAUCCAGUGGAAUGUAUGGAGGAUCUAGUCAUUGAAUACGAGUAUGUAGAGUGUACCUCUUCCUCAAUACAAGCAUUAACUCUAUUUAGGAAGUUAUAUCCGAACCAUAGGAGAAAGGAGAUAGACAAUUUCAUUGCCAAGGCUGUGAGAUACCUUGAAGAGACACAAAUGGCUGAUGGGUCUUGGUAUGGAUGUUGGGGAAUUUGCUUCAUAUAUGGUACAUGGUUUGCGAUUAAAGGUUUGGAGGCUGCAGGAAAACACUACUAUAAUUGUCAAGCUAUUCGUCGAGCCAUUGAUUUUUUACUUAACACACAGAGAGAAGAUGGCGGUUGGUCAGAAAGUUACACUUCUUGCACUAAUAAGGUAUAUACUCCUUUGGAAGGAGAAAACUCACAUUUGGUGCAUACUUCUUUUGCAUUGAUGGCAUUGAUUCAUGCUAGACAGGCUGAAAGAGACCCCACUCCUAUUCAUCGUGCUGCCAAAGUGUUGAUCAAUUCACAAUUAGAGGAUGGUGAUUUUCCUCAACAGGAACUUGUGGGUGUUUUCAUGAAAACUUGCAUGUUACAUUACGCAGCGUAUAGGAAUAUCUUCCCCAUUUGGGCAAUUGCAGAGUAUCGUAAUUUAGUUACACUUCGAAAUGAAGAAAAUUAACUAAUAGAGUAAUUUUUAUAAAUUCAAUUAGUUAAAUAUGUAUUUUUUUAAAAAAAGAAAAAUUAACUUUUAAAUGUAAAUUUUUUUUUUUUUU